AUGACUACUCCAGAUAUAUCAGAAUUGCAUAUCUGCUCCGAGAGUGAUCCGGAGCAUCCCAGUGAGGACCAAAUCCUUAGCGACGACGAGGAUGCCAAGGCGACCAGACGGUCGCAUGAAGCUCGAGAGGCCCAACUAGCCGCUAUAGAGAAACAAUAUGGCUUGACUGAGAUUCCCGACAGCAACGUGGACGUUUUGCCUGCUGACGACGAGCUCACGGGCGAUAUCCCCGUGGACACUACAUGGAUUGAAUUGAUCCAUUUGAAGAUCCAUUCUCUCGAAGAUUUGCAUUUGGAGAAGUUUGCCAAUUUGGAGAGCUUGAAUUUACGUUGCAAUCUCAUCACGUCCAUCCAUGGGUUAAAAGACAUCCCCAAUAAAGACUCGAUGGAGGAGCUCGACUUCUACGAUAACCGAAUCAAACACAUAAGUAAGUACAUGAACGAGUUCUCUCAUUUGCAGAAUCUCGAUUUGAGUUUCAACAAUAUACGGCACAUGAGAAAUCUAGAUAAACUCACCAAAUUGGAGAAUUUAUACUUGGUACAAAACAAAAUCACCAAAAUUGACGGAAUCGCAAACUUGACAUCCUUGACGAAUUUGGAACUUGGUGGGAAUCGAAUCGAGCAAAUCGAAGGGUUGGAUACUCUGGUGAAUUUACGACAACUAUGGUUGGGCCAAAACAGAAUCAAACGAUUGCAAGGCUUAUCGAAACUACAACAGUUACGUGUCUUGUCCAUCCAAAGCAACUCAAUUGACGCCGACUCUCUUGGAGAACUCCAAGAAUGUCAGGCAUUGGAAGAAGUUUACCUUGCCGAUAACAACCUCUGCCAUAUAGACGCCAUGCCUUAUCUCCCCAAUCUGACUACACUCGAUGUCAGCGGUAACAAAUUAGAGUCUCUCCCACAACAUCUAGAGAAACUCUUCCCCCUUCUCACAGACCUAUGGAUGUCGAGGAACUCACUUGGCCCAACAGUGAACGCCCUCUCUCCGGCAUUGAGUGGCCUCUCCCGACUCGAAUGUAUCUACUUGGAAUCCAACCCUUGUGCACAAGAUCCUCUUUAUAGAAGAAAAGUUCAGUUGAUUCUCCCGAAAAUUGAGAAAAUUGAUGCCCUCUACACGAAAAGCGGGGUAUGA